AUGGAGCCAGGGAUGGACGACAUCGAUUACUCGGACAUUGAGGCGAAGUACGCCGUGCCUCUUGAUGAGGGGCUUGAGAAUGUGAUUGUAGUGAAUGGUGUACCGAUUAUUACCUCAUCGAAAGAGCAGCGUCUGUUUGAGGCCAUCCAGAAGCGUUUCCGCACACACGCCGACCUGGAUGUCAGCCUGGACGCUAUGCAUAUCUCCUAUGGCGAGAAUGGCGAGUCGAAGGGGUAUAUUUUGAUGGAGCUUGCUAACGGUGAUGAGGCCUCUCAUGCCAUUCGUGCGAUGAACGGAUACGCGUUCGACAAGAAGCACCGCUUUGUGGUGAGCCGGUUCUCUGACAUUGAGCGUCUAGCCUCUCUUGAUGGAAAGUACGAAGACCCUGAGGAAGAGCCAUUCGAGCAGCGCGGUCACCUGCGCUCGUGGCUGAUGGAUCCACAGGGCCGUGAUCAGCUGGCCAUCUGCGUGCGUGACGAUGUGCAAGUGGCUUGGCACAACCGGGCUGGUCCGCCGGAAGAAGCACACAAGCGCACACGCUGGACCGAAUCUUACGUGCAGUGGUCGCCUCUUGGCACGUAUCUUACCACGUUCCACCUGCAGGGCAUUGCGCUGUGGGGUGGCCCUUCGUGGGAGCGGAUCAUGCGAUACCCCCAUCCUGGUGUACGUCUUGUUGACUUUAGUCCCGACGAGAAGUACAUGGUGACGUGGUCGCCAGAGCCUAUUCAGGUGCCUGACAAUGCGCCUCAGGGUCCACAGUUCUUUGCGCCGGAGGACGAAGGAAACCGCGUUGCGGUGUGGGAAGUGCGCACCGGCCACCUGCUGCGUACGUUCCCGAUUGUGCAAGAAGAGAGCACGGGUCCCAAUGGUGCCCCUGUGAAGGGCUUUAGCUGGCCAUUCCUCAAGUGGAGUGGCGAUAGCAAGUACUGUGCCAAGGUGACGCCUGGCAAAUUUAUUAGUGUGUACACGCUUCCGACGAUGGGUCUUUUGGACCAGAAGAGCAUCAAGAUUGAGGGUGUCGUCGACUUUGAAUGGUGCCCGCUGGGUGACAAGGACAAGGAAGCCAUCGAGAUCUGGGACGAUGGCAAGAACAAGAACUUACCGAAGGGCUUCAAGAAGCCGCGUGACAAUAUGUUGGUAUACUGGCAGCCGGAAGUGCAGAACCAGCCAGCACGUGUUACGGUGAUGAGUGUGCCUACGCGUGAGAUUCUGCGCUCGAAGAAUCUAUUCAAUGUGGCAGACUGCAAGCUGCACUGGCACCCGCAGGGCGACUACCUGUGUGUCAAGGUCGACCGCCAGACCAAAACCAAAAAGACCGUGUUUUGCAACUUUGAGCUGUUCCGUAUGCGCGAGAAGGACUUCCCUGUGGAAGUCGUGGAGCUCAAGGACCCAGUGGUCGCCUUUGCAUGGGAGCCGCAAGGCAGCCACUUUGCUGUGCUCUCGACCAACGACCCGAACUUUGGCGUGGCGUCGCCUGCGAUUGCCCUCAAGACGCAGAUCAACUUUUUCCACCUGCACCCUCGUGGAGACUUCCGUCUGUUGAAGUCAUUUGACAACAAGUCGUACAGUGCCCUUUUUUGGUCGCCACGCGGCCGUCAUUUGCUGGCGGCGACGCUUGGCUCCUCGUCCAAGUUCGAGUUGGAGUGGUUUGAUGUCGACUUCAACAGUGAUGUGCGCCAGAACUCCAACGGCGAGAUGCUUGAGGAAGUCAAGUCGGUCGGCACAGCGGAGCACUACAGCAUGACAGAUGUCGAGUGGGACCCUAGUGGUCGUUACGUUACCACCUCCGCGAGUCUAUGGCGCCACGCUAUGGAGCAGGGCUACGCAAUUUGGGACCUGCGGGGCAAUGAGCUGCAGAAGCAUGUGAUUGAGCACUUCAAGCAAAUCCUAUGGCGCCCGCGGCCCAAGUCCUUGCUGAGCAAGGAGGAGAUGAAACGUGUGCGUCGGAACCUCCGGGAGUACUCCAAGGUGUUCGACCAGGAAGACCAGGAGGCGGAGAGCAGCCAGGCCCUGGCCCAUCGCGAAGAGUACAAGCGCAUGGUGGACGAGUGGAAGGCAUGGCGUGCUCGCAACCGCGAGUUGCUGGAGAAGGGCAAAAAAGAGUAUGGUACAGAGCCUGCGUCAGUCUCGAGUGCCUCGCAACUCGAGCAGGAGAGCACAGAAGAAGUCCAGGAGUGGAUCGAAGAAGUGCUCGAGGAGAAGGAAGAGGUACUGGCAUAA